CCGCCGUGGCGGCUGCUGGUGACGCUAGGGGUGUGACGUCACGGAUAAACGCAGAGCGCGAGAGAGGUUCACAGCUCGGUGGAGGGGGAUGAAUUUCCUUCUCGUGCCUCACUGCAUCCCAGCGCCCGAGACAUUAAAAUGAACGAGGGAGGAGAGAUGAAGAUCUACUGCCCGAUCUGCAACUGGGUGGUGAUCAGCCUGCCCGCCCUGGAGGACCAUAUGAAGCGGCACAGGGGCCGGACCGAGUCCGUGCUGUACCAGUGCCCCCACUGCCCGUACAGCACGGACAAAGCGGCCACGCUGAUCGGCCACCAGAGGACCCACGCCGACGAGAAGCCCUACAAGUGUAGGGUGUGCGGGGAAGUUUUCGCCAACUCGGGAGACUUCUGCUCCCACCAGAGGAUUCACGCCAAACGAAAGCGGCACAAGUGCUCCUUCUGCGGAAAGGCGUUCGCGCAGUCGGAGGACCUCCGUGAACACGAGAGGAUCCACACGGGCGAAAAGCCGUACCACUGCACCGUCUGCGGAAUGGACUUCACUCAGUCGCACCACCUUCUCAGCCACCAGAGGAUCCACACGGGCGAGAAACCCUACAGGUGCACCGUGUGCGCAAGGCGUUCGCAGCGCUCGGACACGCUCGUCACCCACAAGAGGGUCCACACGGGCAAGAAGCCCUACAGGUGCGCCACGUGCGGGAAGGAAUUCACACAGUCGGGAGGGCUCGUCAUACACGAGAGGAUUCACACGGGUGAGAAACCCUACAAGUGCACUGUGUGCAAAAAGGCCUUCGCCCAAUCGGGAGCUCUGUGCAUACACACGAGGAUCCACACGGGGGAGAAGCCUUACGCGUGCCCCACAUGCGGGAAGGCGUUCUCCGAGUCGGGAACCCUCGGCAUCCACAAGAGGAUCCACACGGGGGAGAAGCCCUACGGGUGCCUCACGUGCGGGAAGUCGUUCACGCACUCGGGAGCCCUCCGCAUCCACCAGAAGAUCCACGCGGGUGGGAAGCCCUGCAAGUGCACAAAGUGCGGGGACACGUUGACAUUUUCGGCUCGCCUCCGCGCUACCAGGGGAACGUGCCGGAGCAGGAGGCGCCACGAGUGCGCUGCGUGCAGGGGGGCAUCCGCCGAGUCAAAAGACCCCGGGGAUGAAACCGCGCCUCCCUCCGGGGAGGUGGAGGUGACCGUUGAGGUUGAGAGUCCCGCGUUGGAGCCCUCUGCAUUGGAGCGGGGGCGCGAAGAAAACCCCAAUUUUGAGACGUGGCCGGGGGUUAAGGUGGAAUGUGGACACGAGGGUCCUUCGACCUCCCUGUCAAUUGUAAAGCGGGAAUGUGACGAAGGCGCCUGCUUUGAGGCACGGUCGAGGGUGAAGGUGGAACGCGAAGGUAGCGAUGAUCCUCCCAUCUCGCCGUCGAUCGUGAAGCAGGAGCGUGAAGAACGACCCGGCUCCGAGACGUGGCCAGGGGUGAAAGUAGAACGCGGAGGUGACAGUGCUUCUUUUCCCCGCUCGAUCGUGAAGCGAGAACGGGAAGGAAGCCCCGGCUGCGAGACACGGCUGGUGUGAAGGUGGCACACGGGAGGCCGAGUCUCUGCUUUGGGAACGGAUGUUGAGGUCUCUGUGGGAAGGUGUAGGAGGGGACUACAAGGAAGCAUGUCGAGUGAGAGCGAGUCCUCGACUGGGACCUUUGUUAAUUUGGUGGCGCGGGUAGAGGAUGUGUACUACACAGAGGGGGCAGGUCUCGUGGAGCGGAAAUUUAAACACUUGAGAAGCCGACCGAGAGAGAAAAAUGUUGGGAAAAUGCCGCGCGAUACAUCGGGCAUUCAAAAGCACGAGCGUGUCUGCACGAGUGAACAGAAUGGAUGGAGAAACUAUCACGAAGUGUUGGAAGAUAUUAGAAAUAAGUCCUGUGCCUACCUGUGGGACCGCUGGAGUCAUAAGUAAUGACACAAAUAAAAGGUGACACCUCAUGGAACUCUGUAAAGAAUUGCGACGUGAUGCGUGGCAGCUGUUAAGUAGACUUGGCUCUUGGCGGUUAUUGUACCUCUCAAAUAGUGUGGUUUCUACUGAAGCUACACCAAUGAGUUGUUAUUGAUAAGACUACUCGAUACGGAUUCGCCUUCUUAAGAAGUAUAACGACCGACACUAUUGUUGGAAACUUCGCGACGGCUGGCCAGUGAGUCCUAUUCUGGGACAGAAGCCCCUGGGCUAUGAGUGAUUGGGCAAGGAACGCAGACACUCGGGUGCCUGGCCAGUUAAUCAUCAACCUGGGGGGCAGAGAUUAGGGAGGAGACUCGGAGAUGAUUGGUCAGUGAGUCAUCGUUUGGAACAAAAGCUCGUGGGCAAUGACUGGCAAGGAACGAGCGCCAGGGGAUAAAAGAGAGGAAGAGGAGGGGGGCGGGGUAGUUCUUCGUACGGAGCGUGGUGUGUUACCUGCCGUAUGACCGGAGAUGUUACCUGUGGGUCAUCAAAUAAAGAGGCCAUUGCUGAACACGGUGGUGAGCUGAGUCCUUCUUCUCACGAUGAUCAACAUUAUGAAAUAUCUCCAGAUUUGUUUUGGGGGUUCUGGGGGCAUAUUUUAAAACGUUAAUUUAAAAAAAUUAUAGUUACAAGCAAAGGCUUUGUCUAGAACAGGGGAGGGGAACGUCUGACCUGCAGGCCGUAUGAGGCCCGCAAAAUCAUUUGAUCUGUUCCAGCCAUCACAUUAGGGGUGAGUUAAUUAAAUGUUUGACCAAAUAUAACAGGCUAAUUUUUAAGUUGAUAAUUUUGUAUGGCCCGCAAAUGAUGUUAUAAAUAUCCAAAUGGCCCUUGGCAGAAAAAAGGUUCCCCCACCCCUCUAGAAUAUUAGAAUUUAAAUCAGUUGAUUAGUCAGUCACAGUAACCUAUAUCUGUUAAGACGAAUAACUUGGUCAUGGGCUUUGCUGGUUUUCUAGGAGUUUUGACAUCGCACGUUUACGAAAAGUAAUUGUGCUUUCAAAUACGAGUGGGCAGCCAGUUGAGAUCCAGUGAGAAUAAAUGAUGUCAAGGCAUCGCUGUUUUUUUAGUUUUUGGCUAACUUUAUUGGUAAUUAACAAUGACAACAGUUUCAUAGGCAGGGAAACACAUUCUGGCACGUUCUAGAGUGGUUAACAAUAAAAUGACUAUGGAACGA